UUCUCUGCUCGAUUCCCUCGUUCGUUCUCCUUCUCUGUUUUAAUGUCCACAACAGGACAAACACUCUCUCUCUGUCUCUCAAAAUCUUGUUGUUUGGAGAUACAGAGAGAGGGAUAGAGUUUUGGUGACUGGAGCAUGGCCGGAUCGGAGAGCUCAAUCUACAAGUCGUGCUUGGUGUUCUCCCUGACUGCGAAUCUCUUCUUUGGGGUGAAUCUUUAUGUGGGUCGCCGUGCCGCGUGGAAGCGGAGCAGUGAUGAGGUGGAUACCCGAGGCUCGCUGAGUUGGAGCGGGAGAGCUGCGGCGGAGGCCGAGUCGGCGGCGGCGGAGGAGUGCUCGGGCCACGGGAGGGCGUAUCUCGACGGGAUGGUGGUCGACGGGAGGCCAGUCUGCGAGUGCAACACUUGCUACGGCGGUCCAGACUGCUCCCUCUUCUUGCCCUCUUGCUCUGCCAAUGCCGAUGGGGGAGAUCCAUUGUUCUUGGAGCCAUUCUGGAAGCAGCAUGCAGAGAGCAGUGCGGUAGUGGUGGCGGGGUGGCACAGGAUGAGCUACUCCUUCAGUGACUACACCUUCUUGUCCAGAGAGCUUGAGUCUCUCCUCAGGAAGCUCCACUCCCAGGUUGGGAAUGCCGUCACAGACGGCAAACACAUUGUUUUUGGUGUUGGCUCUGCCCAACUCCUCAAUGCUGCUGUCCAUGCUCUCUCUCCUGACAACUCUUCACAUCCUGCUUCAGUCGUGGCCUCGAUCCCUUACUAUCAGCUUUAUCAAAUGCAAACAGAGUUCUUCGACUCGGCGGGCUGCAGCUUUCAGGGUGACGCAGCACGGUGGAAGAAUGCGACCAACACCACCGGAGACAUCAUUGAGUUCGUGACUGCGCCAAACAAUCCCGAUGGACUGUUGAAUGAGGCCGUUCUCCAUGGCCCUAAUGUCAAAACGAUAUACGACCGUGCUUAUUACUGGCCUCAUUUCACCGGGAUCCCUUCCCCGGUAGAUGAGGACCUCUCCAUCUUCACCAUCUCUAAGCUCACUGGUCAUGCUGGCAGCAGAUUCGGAUGGGCAUUGAUAAGGGAUGAAGACGUGUACCAAAGGAUGAACUGGUACGUGCAAGUGAACACAAUGGGUGUCUCGAGGGACACUCAGUUAAGAGCUCUGAAGCUUCUGAAAGUGCUCAUCGAAGACGGAGGGAGGGAAAUAUUCGAGUUCGGAUACAAAAUGAUGACCAAACGCUGGGACAGACUGAGGAAGACAAUGUCCGUGACGAACAGAUUCUCUCUCCAGAAAAUCCCACCUGAGAACUGCACCUUCUUCCAGAAAGUUAGGGAACCAACUCCAGCUUAUGCGUGGGUGAAAUGCGAGAGGGAGGAAGAUAGGAACUGCAUCGAGAUCCUAAAUGCGGCCAAAAUCCUCGGUAGAGGAGGGAGCGUCUUCCACGACGACGAGAGAUACGUGAGGCUCAGCCUCAUUAGGAGCGAUGACGAUUUUGAUGACUUGAUAAGCCGACUAGAGAGGCUAGCCUCCGGGGAAGAUGGAGCCAAAACCAUCUGACCGUGAAGAGAAGAAUAACAGUCAAUCUCGCGUUGAUCUGUGAAUCCUGGUUCUGGACAAGGCAAUUAAAUCAUGGGAUCUGUAUGUACAUAUCCUGUGUACUACAGCGAGUGUCAUGACUAUUGACCUCAUCAAGAAAGAGAGAUGUUAUCGGUCUUUAACUCAGUGUGUACUGCAGACAUUUGGUUUAUAGCAGACAAUGAAGCAAGACCAUAUACAGUUUCCUUU